AUGCUAUCGACAAAACUCCUAAAUCCUAAAACCUCCACCAAGGCGGCGGCAGCAGCCGUUACCACCACCAUGCCAAAUGAGCUGUUGCCACAGAAACCAUCUGCAUCGUCCAUACUCGACAAGUUCCGGUCUUUGUUGAAGCAACGACAAGAAUCGGUGGGGGAAGACGAUGGUAGUGGUGACGUGGCAAGUUUGAAUACGGAGGAUGUGGUUGAGAUUUAUGAGACGGUUUUGAAUGAUUUGACGUUUAAUUCAAAACCUAUCAUUACUGAUUUGACUAUUAUUGCUGGAGAACAGCGGGAGCAUGCUGAGGGUAUUGCUGAUGUUCUUUGUGCCCGCAUUGUUGAGGCCCCUGUAGAUCAAAAGUUGCCUUCAUUAUAUCUUUUAGAUAGCAUUGUGAAAAACAUUGGGCGUGAAUAUGCUAGGCACUUUUCUUCCCGUUUGCCUGAGGUUUUUUGUGAGGCAUACAGACAAGUUGACCCUAGCUUAUAUCCUUCUAUGCGCCAUCUUUUUGGCACAUGGUCCACAGUGUUUCCAUCUUCUGUACUUCGCAAGAUCGAGACUCAAUUGCAGUUUUCUUCACAAGUAAAUAAUCAGUCAUCAAGCUUCACUUCCUUGAGAACUUCUGAAUCACCCAGACCAACUCAUGGCAUACAUGUGAACCCAAAAUAUUUGCGUCAGCUGGAUCAUUCAACUGCAGAUAAUAAUGUUCAGCACACAAAGGGAACUACUUCGAAUCUGAAAAUAUACGGUCAAAAACCUGCUAUUGGAUAUGAUGAAUAUGAAAGUGAUAAAUCAGAGGUCAUACCUUCACAGGUUGGAGUGGGCCGUACAUCUCUUACUCUUGGAUCUAAUAAGCUGCAACCAUCUUCAACUCCCAGGCUUGCAAGACGCUUAUCGCCUUCAACAACUGGAGCUGAGAGGCCGUUAUCUUCAGAAAUUGAUGACUUUGCAGCAGGAAAUUCUCCACGAAGGUUUGUUGAGGGGUUGUCCCCAUCUCAUCCUUUAUUUGAUUAUGGACACAACAGAGCCUUUGUCAGAGAUGAGGAGACAAAUGAAUUGAGAAGAAAACACUAUUCUGAUGAUAACCAUAACAGAUUUGAAGCUUCUGCUAGAUAUAGCCAUAGCAACGGACAUGAACAUCAAGGACCCAGAGCUUUGAUAGAUGCAUAUGGGGACGAUAGGGGGAAAAGAAUUCCAAAUAGUAAACCACUGCACAUUGAACAGUUAGCUCUAAAUGGCAUGCAUAAUAAGGUGGGUACAAGAACAUGGCAGAAUACUGAAGAGGAGGAAUUUGAUUGGGAAGACAUGAGCCCUACUGUGUUAGAUCGUGGUAGGAGUGUUGAUUUCUUGCCAUCAUCUGUUCCACCUUUUGGAAGUAUUGCUCCAAGGCCUGGCUUUGGAAGGCUAAGUGCUAACCGUGUGGAAUCUGAUAUCAGGAGCAAUCGUUCGAGUCUGACUCCAAUGGCAGAUGACUCCUCAAAUAUUCCUGAAGAUGCAAUCUCGAUUCUGGGCUCUGGCCGUGGAUCAACAAGCAAGAUGCCUGGAUUCCUAACUGAUAGAAAUCAGAUCUUGGGUUCUCGUUAUCCUCAAGAAGCUUGGAAUUUGCCACCUCACAUCCGUCCGCAAGCGCAUCUCCUGAAUGCUAAAGGAAGAGGAAGGGAUUUUCAGAUGCCCUUAUCUGGAAGUGGUGUAUCUUCUUUGGGUGGCGAGAAUUUCGCUCCACUUGCUGAAAAACUUCCAGAUAUUGACGCGCAGCAUAUUAGACCUCCUGCCAUCGCAUCAAGAUUGGGUUCUAAUAUUGACUCUAACGGUUCUGGGACCUGGUCAAGUGUUGUGCCACCAUCAUCGGGGGUCUGGCCUCCAGUAAAUGCACACAAUUCUCUCCCACCUCCUGUGCAUCCUAUUUUUCCUCCUGCAAAGCAGAGCAGAAGUCAGUUUGAUCCAAUAAAUGCCAGCAGCACUGUUAGAAAUCAGGCUUUACAAAAGGGUUCGGUUUUGCCUGAACAGCCAUUUAAUAAUUUUGAGAGCAAAGAUUAUAGUUUGAUGAAGCCAACAUCAAUGCCUAAUCAGCAUGCUGCUCUGAAUCAGCAAAACCAGGCACAUGUUAAUCCAUUUCAGCCACAGCUUCUCCCAUCUCAUGAAGCCCGAGAAAAGUUUCAUCCAUCUGGGUUAGCUUCAAUGCCACCUCGUCCCCUGGCACCACUGCUGAGUCAUGGGUACACUACACACGGGCAUGGCACUGCCAUCAGUAUGGUUCCCUCAAAUGCACUACCUGCUGCACAACGAACUUUACCAGUCAACAAUAUUCCAAAUACCUUGCAUUCACAAGUGGGGGUUCGGCCACCUUUGCCACCUGGUCGUCCCCCUCAAACGAUGCCUUUCCCUCAGAAUGCUAGUUCAGGUCUCCCCGGCCAACCAUCUGGCAGUGCAUUUUCGGGUUUGAUUAAUUCUCUCAUGGCGCAAGGUUUGAUCUCAUUGACAAAACAAACACCUGUACAGGACUCUGUGGGACUUGAUUUCAAUGCUGACCUUCUCAAGAUGCGCUAUGAAUCUGCAAUAAGUGCGUUGUAUGGUGAUCUGCCAAGACAAUGCACAACAUGUGGCCAUCGGUUCAAGAGUCAAGAAGAUCACAGCAAUCACAUGGAUUGGCAUGUUACUAAAAACCGGAUGUCUAAGAACCGUAAGCAGAAACCUUCUCGCAAGUGGUUUGUAAGUGCAAGUAUGUGGCUCAGCGGUGCAGAGGCAUUAGGAACUGAUUCAGUUCCUGGCUUUUUGCCCACUGAGACCAUUGUGGAGAAGAAGGAUGAUGAAAUGGCUGUUCCUGCUGACGAAGAGCAGAGUACAUGUGCAUUAUGUGGAGAGCCUUUUGAUGAUUUCUACAGUGAUGAAACUGAGGAAUGGAUGUAUAAAGGAGCUGUCUACCUGAAUGCACCCAACGGAUCAACAGCAGGUAUGGAUAGGUCUCAGCUAGGUCCCAUAGUACAUGCCAAAUGCAGGUCGGAUUCUAGUGUGGUUCCCCCUGAAGAUUUUGGACAUGAUGAAGGGGGCAAUUCUGAAGAGGGUAGGCAAAGAAAACGAAUGCGGAUUGUGUUGGAGCUUGCAAUGCCUUGGCUCUAUGCCCAAAUCAUGUACAUGGACUGCAUAGGUCUCCAGUUAGUCAACAUUCAGUUGAUUCUCUUCAAGGCUGCAACGGUUCAUAAUAAGCUUAAUUCCUUUCAAAUUGGUGGAUUGGUGGCAGCAACAGCACAACAUUGA